AUGCAAGCAUACCUCAUUUUCUUAUCUUUGAUCUCACUGUGCUUUGCGAAAGCAGCUCCAGGAAACCAGACAUUUUACAACUACGCAUAUGCACUAGAUUUAUCGGGAGCAGUACCUUAUAACACAUUCACCUGCAUCAAAUCAAAUGGAUAUAGCACCGUAUUCGUAAGGGCCUAUGAUCCUUCUGCUGGUCUCGGAACUGAAGUUUUCAUGACGCCUUUGUUGCGCUCCAUGAAGCGAGGCAGUGAGCAAUUUAGAGAGCUUUAUGAUGGGCUCAGAUAUGGCAAUAUCCAACUUAGAACGGUUUGGAUUCAGGUCACUUCACCGGUCAAUUGGGGACCAAACGUUCAAGAGAACAUCAACUUCAUCAAUGACAUCAUCAUGGCAGCUAAUGAAAUGAGAUGUUGCAGAGAUGUCUAUACCAUGAAUACAAUGAAGCAUCAAGUCGGACUGCGACAAAAAUUGGAUGGAAAGAUAGUGGUCGGUCUUCUUGGAAGCACUAUAGGAUUUGUACAAAGUGUUUAA